CCCCCAAACUGAGCUCCAAGGGCUGGAGCUGGGGUCCCUGUCCCUGCCCUGCUGAGCCCCCCAACUGAGCUCCAGGGGCUGGGGUCCCUGUCCCUGCCCUGCUGAGCCCCCCAAACUGAGCCCCCCAAACUGAGCUCCAAGGGCUGGAGCUGGGGUCCCUGUCCCUGCCCUGCUGAGCCCCCCUAGAGAUGGAGCUGGGGUCCCUGUCUCUGCCCUGCUGAGCCCCCCAGGGCUGGAGCUGGGGUCCCUGUCCCUGCCCUGCUGAGCCCCCCCAACUGAGCCCCCAGGGCUGGGGCUGGGGUCCCUCUCCCUGCCCUGCUGAGCCCCAAGGGCUGGAGCCUCCUCUGCAUCCCACCCCCGUGGAUCUCAGAGCCCAGGGCACUCAGGGCACUCAGGGACCUCGAAGGUCUGUUCCCAACCCGAGUCCUGGCUGCAGGAGCCCUGGGAAGAGCGUUUCCCCCUCCCCAGCUGCUCCUGCCCCACUUUCCCCUUCCCACCCCACAAUAAACCUGUCCCAGAGAACCCAGCUGCCUUUCCCGAGGGGGCUUCUCUCCCUUUUGGGGUCCAAACCCUCUGUCAUUGGCUUUGAGACCCACGUGUGGGGUUGGGCAGGGGAAGAGGGAGGAGAGACCUCCAGACCCUGGGAAGGGGCUCCUGAGCUGCUCCAGACCCUGGGAAGGGGCUCCUGAGCUUCUCCAGACCCUGGGAAGGGGCUCCUGAGCUACUCCAGACCUCAGGAAGGGGCUCCUGAGCUGCUCCAGACCCCGGGAAGGGGCUCCUGAGCUGCUCCAGACCCUGGGAAGGGGCUCCUGAGCUUCUCCAGACCCUGGGAAGGGGCUCCUGAGCUGCUGCAGACCCUGGGAAGGGGCUCCUGAGCUGCUGCAGACCUCGGGAAGGGGCUCCUGAGCUGCUCCAGACCCCGGGAAGGGGCUCCUGAGCUGCUGCAGACCUCAGGAAGGGGCUCCUGAGCUGCUCCAGACCCUGGGAAGGGGCUCCUGAGCUGCUCCAGACCUUGGGAAGGGGCACCUGAGCUGCUCCAGACCCCGGGAAGGGGCUCCUGAGCUGCUCCAGACCCUGGGAAGGGGCUCCUGAGCUGCUGCAGACCCUGGAAAAGGGCUCCUGAGCUGCUCCAGACCCUGGGAAGGGGCUCCUGAGCUGCUCCAGACCCUGGGAGGGGGCUGCAUGGGGGAUGAAGCAGCUGCUCAGCUCCCUGGGGUUGGUCUUGCCAUGGUGGGUGUCUCCACUGGGGCUGUGGCCAGGUCAGGGGGUGGCAGAUGCCCCCAGAUCUCACCAUGUAGCCCCAAAUGUUUGACCCUGGAGCUGAGAAUAAACAAGGGGAGGGGGCUUUUUGGCUUGUUUCUAAGCUUUUAGCUCAGAGUGGAAAAGCCCUUUGCAGUGGAGACCCUGCAGUGAGCUCCUGGCAGGGAGAUGCCUCCGGGCACUCGACCCGUUUCCUUAAAUAGGGCUGAUAUUUUCCACCCUCCUCGUGACCUGGCCCUGGGGAGGCUGAAGAGGAGCCACACACCACAGCAAAUCACCCCUGAAGCCCUGCUGCUGCUGCUGCUGCUGCUGCUGCUGCCCCAGGGGCAGCGAGGGGAAGAGGAACCAGAGGGGCUGGAGAAGCUCCUGCCAUGGCUUCAGGCUCCUGCAGAGCAAAGGGAGAAGGAGGAGGGAGAGUCGGAGCCUCGGAGGCAGCCGGACCCAGAAACCGCCUCAGGAGAGGGAACUUCCACCCAAAACAACACCUGGAGCAUUUGGCAGAGAAGCUGAAGCUCCUGGGCCUGGAAGGAGCUGGUGGGGAGGAGCAGGAGCAGCUCUGCUCCUGGCACAAGGGGGUGGCUGCCCUCCAGGACGGCUGCAGGGGGCUGGGGGCUGCUGGAGCUCCCGCUGCAGCCCCCGCCCAGGACAGGGAGCAAAUCCUCAGAGAGCUGGAGAAGCUCAAGAAGCAGAGGGAAGAGCUUCAGGAGCUGAGAAGCAGCGGGGAGAGGCGAUGCCAGGACUAUCUGGCACGGACAGAGGCCGAGAGGCGCCGGGUGGCGUCCGAGUUCCAGCGGCUGCGGCGGUUCCUGAGGGAGCAGGAGCUGGUCCUGCUGGCAGAGCUGGGGCACUGGGACAGGGAGCUGCUGAGCAGGCUGCAGGAGCAAGAGAGCAAGCUGGCAGGGGAGAUGGGCCUCCUCCAGGUCCUCAUCUGCCAGCUGGAGAAGCAGCUUGAGGGAGCCACCAGCGGCUUCCUGCAGGACACCCAAAGCUCCAUAGAGAGGUGGCAGAGGAACGGCAGCAGGAGGACAACAGAGACCUUCUGGGACCUGGAGCAGAGACUGGGGCUCAUUUCUCGACAGAACAACGUCCUGGGAGAGACUCUGAGGAGGUUCCAAGACAUUUUGCCCUCUGAGCUGGAGAAGGAGCCAAGAGCAGGUGGAAAAGCCUUCGUCACCCUGGACCCCGCCACGGCCGGCGCCCACCUGGUGGUGUCCCGGGACCGGCGCGGGGUGCGGUGGGGGGAUGCGGGGGCUCAGGACCCUCCCCCCAGCCCGCGGCGCCUCCCCGGCUGCAUCCUGGGCUCCAGGGGCUUCACCCGGGGCCGCUGCCACUGGGACGUGGAGGUGGCCGGGGGCCGGCGCUGGGCGCUGGGGGGGUCUGUCCGCAGCCAGGGCUCUGUCCCCAGCCAGGGGUCCGUCCCCGGGGGGCUCGGGGUGCGGCUGCGGCCGGAGCAGGGGGUUUGGGCGGUGGGGCGCUGCGGGAGCCGCUGCUGCGCCUUCAGCUCGCCCCUCACCCCCCUCCCCGGCCUCGGGGCGGGCGCCAAGCUGCGGGUGGCUUUGGACCGCGACGGGGGGCGAGUGGCGUUUUACCUCGGCGGCGACCCCCGGCCCGUCUUCACCUUCCACAAAGCGUCUUUCGGCAGCGGGGAGAGGGUCUUCCCGUUCUUCUGGGUGGGGAGGGGCUCCCACCUGCGCCUCUGCCCGUGAGCCCCUCGCCCUUCAGCCCCUUUCUCCUCCUUUAAUCCGCGUUUGCCACCGUU